AUGGGUAAUAGACAAACUCUCGAAAAAAUUCCGAUACAAAUACCGUUUUCACACGGAUUCAUAUAUGUUUAAACAAAUAAGUAAUCGUACUAUCCUGGAGAAGAAAUUUAUGGUGUAGUCUCCUUAAUGGUAAACAAGCCAAUGAGUCAGAUUGAUCAUAGCGGAGUUGAUAAAUUAGAAAUAAGAUUGAAAGGAAAGGAAACUUUUAAGUACAAAGUUUACUCCCAGAGAGAUUAGCAAAAGAGUUGCAGUAAUCAUUUCCUCAUUUUUGACAAUGCAUAACCCCUUGCAUAUUUCAAAGACUCAACUAUAGCUAUAGGCUAAUAUGAGUUUAGCUUUAAGAUUAAAAUCCCUGAGGAAGAAAACGGUAAUAAGAUUCCAGCCAGUUACUUUUCUAAGUAACAUUUAGGCAGAUCUGGAAAACUUAAAAUAAGAAUCCGAUACAGUAUUGAGGCAAUUCUCAAGGGUUAAGAUAGAAGACUAAAUAAUGCUGAGAGAACCAUUGGCAAGUUUAGUAAGAGAUUCUUUAUCUCAAAGCCACCAGUUUAGCCCAAACAAGAUUUUCCAGAGAAUAAUUCUUACAGAUUGAGAGGCUGGUUCAAAGUCAAAGGAAGUAAUAUUCUUGAAUCAAGGUUUGAAAGAAACUAUUAUCUUACUGAUGAUAAAGUAACAGUAAAGACAAUAGUUGAUAACAGAAGAUGCUUAACAGCAGUAUCUAAAGUUAUUGUUAAAUUGGUGAGAACAAUAAAGUGUGAAGGAAGAUACGGUAAUGUGUUUAUUCAUGUCGAAGAGAUUGCUAGGAAUCAUGGACCAGGAGUUGGUCCUUAAGUGCUUUCCAAUUAUUUAGAGGAGGAUCAUAGAGUGAUAAUAGAUCUCAUCCUAGAUGAUCCAAGUUUGAAGAGCACUAAACUAGAUGAAAUUAGGGAUAAAUUCCCUAGACCGUAUAAACCUGAAGAUGUUGUCUUUGCCCAGCAUCUACAGCCUAGCACAAAAGGCAAUAAGGUGGAGGUUACCUACCAUCUUUAGGUCACUAGAGAGUUUGAUGAGGGAAAACUCUUUAGAGUUAAGGAUGUGCCAGGAAUGAUUAUCCCCCUAACACUAAAUCCAAGUGUUGCUUAAGUUAAUGGGCACUGUCAACUAGAAUUUCCAGAUUUUUGGAGAUCUGAUUUAAUUUCUUGCGAAAGUGUUGAUCUAAAGAUUAAUGAUCUUCUAAAUAGGGAGUAUGAUCCUGAAUAGAGAAGGUUGAUGAAGCAGAAUUAAAGGGAAGUUUAAUCAUUAUAGCAUCUUAGUCAUUUACAAUAAAACUAAGAAAAUUUAAUUAGUUAGUAGGAGGUAUCUUAAAAUAACGCAAAUGAUACAAAUCAAUUAUAAAGGCCUCUAUUACACGCAAGACUCUUUGGAAGAUGA